AAUGUGUAUAUAUGAGAGCGAAUGAAAACCUACACAAACGCACACACAGCACAUGUGAACGUCAGUAAGCGGCCCCCGAUCCUCACGCCCCUUACUAUUUCCCUGUCGGAUAAAGGACAAGCUGUUCCGCUACAUUUAGCCACAGUCCCAUUUGUCAAUGAACUUGACGCCUCUAAGCGCUUCCUCUCUCGAGUUACGAUUGGAAGAAGGAGACGCAAUCAGAUCUCACAAGCUCCCCAACGCCUUCUACAUUCCGCCAAUAGGAAGGCGAGGAUACCCGCCUUCUUCUUUCAGCCAAUUGGAAAGAGAAGAGAGCCUCCGCUCUUCUUUAGUGAAUGGCAGCAGAUAGUGUGAUUGACAGGGCGCCCUCUUGGAGUUCCCGCCUCCUCCCGGCAGAGCUUUAGCCAGGAGCGCUGUCCACAUGAAGCGAGGUACUGAACGCGGCGGCAGACACUGAAUCGCUGAGCAGCGGCAGCUAUAGCCUCGGGGCACAGCCAGACGGAACUAGGAGCAGUACAGUUGCACAGUCAUGGGGAAGUUCAGUAGCUCCAUUUAGAUCCGAGGAACCGGCCAAUGCGUCAGGAAGCAGACUCCUACAUUCAGCAGCCCUGCUAUGCUAAUUAUUCCCUCCGGGUUUAUCUUGCUCUGUAGAAAACUUUCCACGGCACCGGGGGCGUCGGAAGGAGCCCUUUACUCCCACUUGCCCAUCGAUUUAUCUGUUUCCAUCCACUGGAAUCCAGACGGGCUCCCUGGUGGGACUGGACUGUGUCUAAACAGAGAGUAUCAUCAAUGAAUCGCUAAUUCUCAUCUCUAAAGCACACGCUUCUCUCUCUCUCUCUCUCCCGGCUUUGAAUCUUUCUCUACGUAAUAAUUAUUCCUGGAGUAUAUAUAUAGUUAAAUAAUAUACACGCUGCGGGACAAUCAUCUUUUCCUUGGAGUAUCCAGCUCUCUCCUAGUCUUCUCCGGGGCACUAGCUACUACCCCACGUGUAAACUCCUAUAUAACAGUAAGACUGCUCAAACUCUCGCUUUUUUUAUUUAUUUAUUCUACUUCGUGGAUCAUCUGGGACUAUUUCUACGCCAUGAAUCAGUGUGCCCCGGGCAUUUUUUGUAUUUCUUAUAAAAAAAACAGUGUUCAUGGAUUAUAUCAUCAAUUUAUAUUUUUUGGGAAAAUCAAAGCCUGAAAAUUAAAAAAUAUAUAUCCCAGUGUGCCAAGCCAUCCAGCUCUCUCCCUCUCUUUCUCUCUCUAUAUAUAUAUCGAGUUACUGCCUGGCUUUAAACACUGUAUUGCAUUGAAUGACUGCAGGAGUUGAGUUUGCGCGCCUGUCGCUAAUAGGAUGCCCUGCCUGAUCUCCAGUACCCUUUUCUAAAGCCACACAGCAAGCAACUUCCCCACGCCAGGGUACAGAACUGGUCGCGUGCUCAGCAGUCGCAUCAUUUUGGGCUGAGCAGAAGCAGAACUAGGAGUCUCCCUGCCCGUGGGACUGGAUGUGGGGGGCUGCCGAGUGCAAAGGAUCCUUUAGUCCGUUUCAUGUAAAGCCAAGAAGCUUGGCAGUGCAAUAGGACGUUUGUCUCAGAGCAACACGGGCUUCCAGCUGGGAAUCGCUGCGAUGGAAAUACACUGUAAGCACGACCCGUUUGCAGCAAUGCAUAGACAUGGAGGAGUGAAUCAGCUAGGUGGAGUCUUUGUAAAUGGACGGCCCCUUCCCGAUGUAGUCCGGCAGAGAAUUGUGGAACUGGCCCAUCAAGGAGUAAGGCCGUGUGACAUCUCUCGGCAACUACGGGUUAGUCAUGGAUGUGUCAGCAAAAUUCUUGGCAGGUACUAUGAAACUGGAAGUAUAAAGCCUGGUGUGAUUGGGGGAUCAAAGCCAAAGGUUGCAACACCCAAAGUUGUAGACAAAAUUGCUGACUACAAGCGUCAAAAUCCCACCAUGUUUGCAUGGGAGAUUAGGGACAGAUUAUUAGCAGAACGGGUUUGUGACAAUGAUACAGUUCCCAGCGUCAGCUCCAUAAACAGAAUCAUUCGAACUAAGGUUCAACAGCCUACAAAUCAGCAAAUCCCUCCAUCUAAUCACAGCAUAGCAUCCACUGGAUCUGUGACUCAGGUCUCUUCAGUAAGCACUGAUUCAGCUGGAUCAUCCUAUUCUAUCAGUGGAAUUCUGGGAAUUACAUCAUCAAAUGCAGAGACUAACAAGCGCAAAAGAGAUGAAGGUAUUCAAGAAUCUCCUAUCCCAAAUGGUCAUUCGCUUCCAGGCAGAGAUUUCCUAAGAAAACAGAUGAGAGGUGACCUCUUUACUCAGCAGCAGUUGGACGUAUUAGAUCGAGUUUUUGAAAGACAACAUUACACUGAUAUCUUUACUAGUACUGAACCUAUCAAGCCUGAGCAGACAACAGAAUACUCAGCCAUGGCAUCGCUAACAGGGGGUUUGGAUGAAAUGAAAUCUAGUCUAACAAGUCCAUCUUCCGCAGACAUAGGGGGAACUGUUCCUGGGCCUCAGUCGUAUCCUCUUGUAACAGGUCGGGAUUUGGCGAGCACCACCCUCCCUGGAUACCCUCCACAUGUCCCCCCUGCUGGACAGGGCAGCUAUUCUGCUCCAACACUGACAGGAAUGGUGCCUGGAAGUGAUUUCUCUGGAAGCCCAUAUAGCCAUCCACAGUAUUCAUCAUACAAUGACUCCUGGAGAUUCCCUAAUCCUGGCUUGUUAGGCUCUCCAUAUUAUUACAGUGCAGCAAGGGGAGGAGCCCCACCUGCCACAGCCGCUGCCUAUGAUCGCCACUGACAGAAUGCAAUGACCCAAGCACUUACAAUAACUUGUUGAAAUUGUACUAAAGACUUAUUUUCUGCAAUGUGUCAGAAAGAAAGUAAAAAAGGCUUAUUCUUAAAAAUCCACAGGAUAUUUCUCUUCAGCUAUCACGUUGGAGCUCAACAAAGAUCCAUUUUUCCGAAGGGCAUUUUGUACCUUGACUUUCCAUAAUGAUCUUUUUAUGUGUAGCAUCUUGAUUAACUGGAAGGAUCUUGAUCUAUGCUACACAUGGACAUACUAAAAUAAAUUACCCCAUGCAAUUUGUGCAUUGUUGAAAUUCAGUUUUGUGGUCAAGAAACCCAAAUAUACAAGUGUAAUGUACAUAACAUGCUUCUUUGUGUAACUUAUAAGAGUGGCUUUGCAUAAACAGCAACAUGGUACAGAUUUGUAACUCAAAAUGCUUAAAGCAUAUUAUCUUUUAUAUAAUGCUGCACUGAUUCAAGGGAUUCAGUAAGCUUUAACCAACAUAAAACCAGGUUAACAUCUACGGCUAAAUUUGAGGCUGAUAUCAUUUCUGAUAUAAAAACUCACUUGAACAAUCCCCAAGCUAUCUAGUUUUAAAAUAAGAAGUUUUCUAUAUAGAUUAGUUGUUGGUUCCACCUUGUAAUAUAUAUUUUAUUCUUUACUGAUAUGUUGAUGCAUAAUGUUUAUUAUUAUGUUUUUCCCUACAAAUCAUUGAGUAAAAAUCAUGUUUACAACAUCAAAUCAAAUAUAAAUAUAUGUGAAAAAAUAUUUUGUAAAAAGUAGUUUCUCUUUACGAAGGAGGCUUGUGACUCUAUAAGAAUAUCAUUAUUUUAUGCUUUAGAACAUCUCUAAAUCAAGUUAACUUAUAGCAUGCAAGCAAAGUGGUGAAUGAUGUAUAGUUUGAUUGGUCAUUAAAUACUAACAAUUUGUUUGUCCUCAAUCUUCAUGUGUAUAGAUGACCACAAUGUGUUGUUAUGGUUGUUAAAAAGUUCUUUAUAAAGCAUUUCUCAGCAAUGUAGUUUCACAUUUUUUAAUCAUGGUACGUUUUCAUUUGGAGCAGAAUAAUAUUUUUUGCAAUUUCUAUAAUUCAGAACUAUAUUUUUAAGAUGCACUGAUAUCCUGCCUCUUCUACCUGUAAGCUUCCAUCUGGUUUGAAAGUAAGCUAAAUUGACCAUCCACUUACAAAUGCAAAGGCAAAUUCCAACAUAAGAAUUUCCCUGUCCUAUCUCAAAGCAAGUUCAUUUAAGCUUUUAAAAAUCUCAGACAUUUAUAACUCAUAAAAUCAGAUAUGAUAUUAAAUGACAGUUUACUGUGGUGGGAAUGUGUAGCCAUUACAUAUUCUAAAACUGUGUCUCUGAUGAACUUGGAAAAUAAAGGAUUAUGAAUCAAAUAUAAAAUGAUACAUUUUCAGGUUCAUGUUUUAGUCAACUUUUAAAAGGGAGCAGAAAUCUUAGCAGGAAUUCUUGCUAAGCCAGUUCUACAUAAUAAAAUGAUGGCACUUGGGAAUUUUCAAUUGCAAUAAUCAUGUGAAACCUUUGCUAUACAAACUAAUCAAAUUAAGAAAUGCAGAAUAGCAGAAUGUAUUCAGAACAUAUAUAAAUUCAGAUCCCAGUGAUGGUUUUCUCCAAUCUUAUGGUGUGUAAUGUAAAAAAUCAAAAACCUUACUUUGUGAUUCAACCUUUUUGUUCAGUCCAAUUUGCCACCUUUGUGAUGACAUAGAUAGAACAAUUUCUAAGUAAUUGUCUCAAUUGUCUCUGUGUAUUAAAUCCCAGUGUAUAAAAUUCAUACAAAAGUGAUUAAUCUUGAUUAAGAAAUAAGAAUGCCCUACACAAGGUCCCCAUCCCUUACACUUACAUUAAAAUUAACAAAUGAAUGGUGCCAGAUAAUGGACCGGAUUCAAUUCCACGAGAAAGUGUUAUUUUAUGGUUUAUCACGUGAAAAUCUAUGGGCAAGAUUCAUUUUGAGAAAAAAAUUCUCCUAUUUUAGUUCCAGUUUUACCCCCUUGACUUCAAUUCAACUCUCAUCUGAUCAACAGUGAGAUACAUGUUUCUCAUUGAAUUGCAUUGUAUUGCAUUGAAUCUGGCUCCAUGGGAAAAUCUGGAAUUGAAUUGGGAGAUAAGCUUUUCUCAUCAAAUUGAAUCUGGUGCAAUAUGUGAUAGGUCAGAAAACAUGCAUGUAUAUGUAUGUAUCCAGUGAGAUUUUUGAAACAUUUAUUUUUGUUUCCUAUAUAAAACUCAAGUAUCAUUUACAGAAAUAUCAAAAAAAUCUAGAUGUUGUAUUAUUCUCUGAAACAUAUUUACUAGACCUUGACAAUACAAGCUGAUCAAAUAAAAUUUAGUUGAUAGUUUACAUCCUAUGAACAUUGUUUAUCUACUAAGUAUGGCAACAAGUUAUUUUAUGUAUGGUUAUCCCAAUACAUGAUUUUCCGUGGAAAGCAAAAUCUAUUUUCAUGUAUGGUGGCAAAAUAAAGCAAUUCUCAUGUUUGAGUUAUCAGUAAACCUUGAUGGGAGAUCAUGAAAGGUUUAAGCGUUUACAAGAAGGAAAAAUGAUGUAGCACUAGUGCACAGGUUCCAGUUCUGUACUGUUAUAUAACUAGGAGGUUGAGAUUUAUCAACAUAAAAAACAAACCAAUCAUAUUAGUUCAAUUAAUUAAAUUCAGAAAGAAAUAUUGCAAUUGAUCUAAUUGAUCUAAUUUGAUUCAAAAUUGAUUCGAGUUUACAGGUCGAUCCUAUUCACCCAAAUAUAAAAAAAUAUUUUUUAUUAAAUAAAUUUCGAGUUUAUGGGAGUUGAAAUGCGACCCUUGAUAAAUAUGCCCCUAAAUGUUUAAAAUCAUCUGAAACCACAGUUUUACAACACCAAUACUAGUGAACAAAUAGUUCAAGAUGUCCACUAAACCCAUUCAUUUGAUAUAAGAUAUGUUUCUAGAAAAUGUUCUGCAUAUCAUUUGCCUGUGAUUACUGGUAUAGAUGUAUUAUCCAUCUUUCUGCAUUGCAUUGAUAUAUUCAAAAUCCACUCAAUUUAAAUACUAUCCAAAAAAACAGGUACAAAAAAAACAGUUUUACAUUUUAUAUGUAGUCAUUUUGUAAUCAUAUGAACUAAAUAUGGUAAUAUGUGCUUAAUGUAUAUUAAUGUGCCAUAUAUACAGGUAACCUUUCAAGAGCAAAGGCCCCAUUAGCUACCUCUAUUGAUGACAGAGCACAUCAUAUAGAGAAUAAGAAUCUAAGGGAAAAAUAGAAGGAUGGCCAGAAUUUCAGUGCAAUCUUAAUAUUUAAAAAAAAUUAUGAGAAACUGUUUUGGAAGACGUUGGUAUUAUGUGAAACAUGGUUUAGGGCUGCCUUCAGGCCACCUUCCUCAACUGAAUUUGUCAUCUUCUGGAUACAUUUAUAGCAGUACAUGUUGAUCAGCAGCAGAGGGGGGAUCUAAUUAAAGAAACUUCCCUUUUACUGAUCCACAUAUACUGAUGUGGCUCUCCAGAAUUAUAAACCAUUGGAUAAUUCAACAAUGAUGUUCAAUCCACUUACCUAAUGAAACCUAACCCAGCAAUGUUACUGUACUAACACAAACAAAGGGAAGAUUUAACAAAAUGUGGAAAAUGGCUGAAUUAUUACAAAUGAACAUUUUUUUCUAAAUUAAAAAAUAAAUAGACAGUAUUACAAUUUAUUUCAUAAUUACAUUGCUUAGAACUAGUAAAAGCAGUAUUAUUAUCCCAUCAUGGAGAGUUGUAUAUGCCAAUAUACUGUAUUUUAAAAUGACCAUGAAUUUUAAAACACGAACAAGAUACUUUUCAACUUUGAUGCUUCUUUUAAAGAACAACAAUAUUCUAAACAUGUUCUGUGUUGUGCUUCAUACAGAAGAAUACAUAUACAGGCCGAAUCCUCAGUAGACUCUGAGGAUGUUUGGAGUUUGCUGUCUUUGAAAAACUAUGCCUAACUGUUUUAGUUACUGCACCCUUGGUUGCUAUAUUCUACACCCUGAUGAGCUCUCUUAAGGGAAUUUUGACACUACUAGUGGACUAAUGUAAGUUUUAAAAAGUGUUGUGACCAUAAUAGUUGGAUAACAGGCAGAAUUGAGAUAGCGAGUAUUGGGUUAAACCUUGGUAGAAGCUAGGGUGAAACAAGCAAAAGACUAGUUAUAUAUUGGUCCCUUUAUAUUUCAUUUAAAUUUUAGAUGAAUAUAAAAAAAUUAAAACAUUAUAAUAGCUUUUUCAUGUUUGCCAACGUAAAGGGGGAGAUUUAUCACAGUUCAAAAUUUGAAUUUUUGUCACAAUUCGAUUUUUUUUGCACAAAAACUCACAAAUUUGAGGUGUGUUGGUAUUUAUGAAGCACAAAUUGAAUGUAAGAAGUCAUGUAGAAGUCAAUGUGAGUUGUCCUAGGCAAAAUCCAAGCCAUCUUUUAAUUAAAAAUAUUUA